AAAGGAAAGGAGACCAUGGGGCGAUUCAUCCUUGUGAGUCUCGGCUUGCUGGUCGUGGCCCUCUCUCUAAGUGGAACUGCAGCUGAUCCUGACUGUCCCUUCGAUUGGUCCUCCUAUAAUGGACAUUGCUACAAGGUCUUCCGAAAAUGGAAGACGUGGAGAGAAGCAGAGAUGUCCUGCAGGAAAGAGCAGGAAGGCAGCCACCUCGCCUCCAUCCACAGCUGGGCAGAGUCAAAUUACGUGGCCCGGUUGGCCUCCCGCAAUGUCCUCAUUAACAAUGUCUGGAUCGGACUGAGUGAUCCGCAGAAAAAUCGCAACUGGCAAUGGAGUGAUGGCUCCAAGUUCAACUACCAAUCUUGGACAGGACAACCCAACAAUUUUUUCUGGACCCAGCGCUGCGUGUGA